GAUGUACCUUGAGCAGCUGAGCUGGAGCAGACAGAUCUGGGAGAGACAGCUGGAAGGAGAGCCGUGUCUGGGGGAGAACACACGGAUCCUGCCCCCUGCCCUGCUGCUGUCAUCCGGAUACCCUGCUCUUGGAGGGGGCAUUUACUUUCUUGAUGCCCCUAGUUCUGGGGCAGCCGGCGAGUGACACAGGCGACCUUGGACGUGCCCGCCUCCCCCUCUCCUGUGAUCGCUCUGCUGCUGGCUCCUUCUUCUCCCAAGAUGCCAGGCUAUGAUUACAAGUUCCUGGAGAAGCUCAGGCGCAAGUUUCAGUGCCCACUAUGUAGCAAGGCAAUGAGGGAGCCCGUGCAAGUGUCCACCUGUGGGCAUCGCUUCUGUGACACCUGCCUGCAAGAGUUCCUCAGUGAAGGUGUUUUCAAAUGUCCAGAAGAUCAACUACCCCUGGACUAUGCAAAGAUUUACCCAGAUCGAGAGCUGGAAACUCAAGUCCUCAGUCUGUCCAUUCGGUGUAUACACAGUGAAGAGGGGUGCCGCUGGAGCGGGCAAAUAAAACAACUCCAGACUCAUCUUAACGUUUGUGCCUUCAAUGUGAUCCCCUGUCCUAACCGAUGCAGCACCAAACUCAUACGCCGAGAUUUGCCAGAACACAUGCAGCAUGACUGCCCAAAACGCAAGGUUCGCUGUGAAUUCUGUGGUAAUGACUUCACAGGAGAGGUCUAUGAGGAUCACCAGGGCUCCUGUCCCCAAGAAAGUGUGUAUUGUGAGAACAAGUGUGGCGCUCGCAUGAUGAGACGUGUACUGUCACAGCAUUCGCUGGCCGAGUGCCCCAAGCGUACUCAGCCGUGUCCGUACUGCAGCAAGGAGUUUGUGUUUGACACUAUCCAGAGUCACCAGUUUCAGUGUCCACGGUACCCGGUCUCUUGUCCCAACCAGUGUGGCAUUGCCAACAUCGCCAGAGAAGACUUGAGUGGACAUUUAAAGGAAAGCUGUAGUUCUGCUUUAGUACUUUGUCCUUUUAAGGAAUCCGGCUGCAAACACAGGUGCCCUAAGAUUGGUAUGAGCAGACAUCUAGAAGAAAAUAUGAGAGCCCACCUUAGUAUGAUGUCCUCUUUGGUCGGCCGACAGAGACAGGAGAUUCUAGAGCUGAGGAAGCAGGUGGAGGAGCUGUCUGUGAGCAGUGAAGGGAUACUUAUAUGGAAGAUCAGUGACUAUUCCCGCAAACUGCAGGAAGCCAAGGUCCGGGGCAACUAUGAGUCCUUUAGCCCACCCUUUUAUACUCAUAGAUAUGGCUACAAGCUCCAAGUCUCUGCAUUCAUAAAUGGAAAUGGCAGCGGUGAGGGCACCUACCUUUCAGUUUAUAUAAGAGUCCUCCCCGGCGAGUAUGACAACCUACUAGAAUGGCCUUUCUCGUAUCGUGUCACGUUUUCGUUACUUGACCAAAGUGAUCCUUCCUUGUCCAAACCCCAGAACAUUACAGAGACCUUUAACCCUGACCCAAACUGGAAAAACUUCCAGAAACCAAGUGGCUUUCGAAAUUCACUGGAUGAAAGCACUCUUGGCUUUGGAUAUCCUAAGUUUAUCUCUCAUGAGGACAUACGAAAACGCAACUAUGUGCGUGAUAAUGCUAUAUUUCUUAGAGCAUCAGUGGAUAUUCCCCAGAAAAUAAUUGCAUAAUUUAAAAACUUUUGGACAUCUAUAAUAGGAGAUUUGUUUUCACACUAAAAUGAGUAGUGUUUUCUCCAGUUUCAGUUCUUGAGUUGUAUCACUACCUAAGAUGGCCUAGCUUGAACAAGGGAGAUGGUUACAAAAAAGGUGCAGAUAUUUUGUCCUCCAGUAAGUGUACAUUUUAUUUUGUGUUUAAAUGACCAAGUCAACUGUGAAGCCUUGGAGAUGGGAAGAUGGUAUUCUAAACCAUUCACAAUUUUUUUUUUUUUGUGAUGACGAAAAUGAAUUUCUAAAAUCUACGUGACCAAAAGUUCACCUUUUUUCUUCUCUUUUGGCAACAGUGGAACAGCUGCUGCAAAAAUGAGACUAACUUUGUCACCUGGCAUCUUUCGAUGGCAACAAAUGGGAGGCCUUUAUUGAGGAUUUUUCAUAACAUCUCCCGAUACAGGAGUUUUCUGUGUGAACUUACAGUGCAAUAGACUGCUGAAUAUUGUAGUGAAAGGGGAGAAUUUGAUAAUUUUUGUCCGAGCUGCAAAAAGAAAAAAGGUUCUAGUGGUGUCUGUGAGGUCAGCACCGAAGAGCUUGUCAUUCGGAGAGCAAAACUAAAGUCCAGGUGCUAACAUAAAGCCAAAGUGUCUAACCAAGAGGAGAGGACUACGAGGUGUACCCUCCCAGGCAAUACAACAGAGAUGGGUCUACCUCAGGAGUGUUUGUGGUGCUGGCAUCUUGUGCAUGGAAGCACAUGGAAAUCUUAGCCUAAGUGGCUACUUUGCCAACCAAGGGUUUAUUAAACAAAGACAUUAGCCAAUAAGUACACCGAUAACAUGCACGUCAGAUGACAAACGGAGGAGUGUCUUGAGGCCCUUUGUCACCCUGUGUGGCCGCCAGGUUCGGUCCAUUUGUAUUCUGCGCAGCAACAUUUUCUACUCGAAUUUUAUAACCUUUUUACUUGUUUUGUAAUUGACUGUUUGAUAAUGCCAUGUAAUGGACAGCGUUGGGAAUUGAUUCUUGUGAUUUCUUAGCUGGGGUAUUCUGUUACUGAUUAUUGUAUGAUGAGAAUGUUCUUUUUCAUGUGACGUGUCUAAUGUGAUCCCUGCAGCUCUGUACAUUUCAGUGAAUAAAAUCCGACAGUGAGUUAACUGAGACGCGCACAGCACUGAGUUAUAGGCCUCUCCUGCCGUAGUGAAGUUACCUUGUACAUAGAAUAUCACAAGUGUAACUGUCGUCCCUGUAGUGACCUAGAUUUUAUAUUAGAAUUUUUUUUAAAUCUUACUUUUGAAAAAAUGUUCUGAUUCUGGUUUCAUUAGGGUGGACCCAUGACCUGCACUCUAAAGGCUGCUUUUUUUUACUUGACUCCUCAUCAGACUGUUCACUAGGACAGUGUGUCUGUCGACUGUAGCCUGUGAUCUAGAUGUGUUUCAGUAUUUGCCAUUUUGGCUACUGGUGCAAGAAACAAAAUCUAGAUUAUCCAACAACAAAGAAGAGAUGAGAGACGGCACUCACCAUCCAGGGAAAUGCUUUAUUCACAA